UGAUGGGCCUGAUAGUUCUCGAAAGUACUGUUUUUGGCGGAGGUCGGAUUGCCCCAUCCCACGUAAUUUAGCUUCUCUGGUCGUUCACCCUCAUCCUCCCCUUACUCUUCCAUCCCCUACCAUGAACGAUACCCUCUCCGUCUUAACUUCACAUUUCAUUGGAGUCAUCAUCUCCAGCAUGUUCUAUGGCUUUGCUCUUGCCCAGACCUGGUGGUACUUUCGAACUUAUCCAAAAGACAGAUGGUCUAUGAAGGCCUUGUCAAUAAUAGCUUUUCUGGUGCAAUUAACAUAUGUUUACCGUAUAUGGAGACUUAGCUUUGGAAACGUUCUAGUCACAUUUUUCAUAGUAAGUUUGGGAAGAUCAGGUGGAGGUACCAUCCACGAUCCUCUGUGGGAUAGCACUCAUGUUAGCAACCUGCCCGCUUCUAGUUUUUACUUAUCUUCAAUGGCAUGCGACUUCCUCAUUGCCGCUACGCAAGUGUACUUGUUUCAUAAGUCCCGGACCGGGAGAGGAAGACUCGGCGGUCUCAUCAGCAGAUUGACUGUGCUGGUUGUCAAUGUGGGCUUGAUAACUACGUAAUCGUGUCCCCAUACAGCGCUGUUUCCACCACUGACUCGUCAUUUCAGUAUAGAUGUCACAAUCUCUCCCUUUCAGUUUCUCGUCUGCCCCCGCAAUGGUGCCUUUCUCGUCCCAUACACCCUCAUGAGUCACUGCUAUCUAAAUAGUUUCCUCAGCGUUCUCAACUCUCGUCUUGAGCUAC